UACUCUAAUAACUCUAUAUAUCUAAAAUCCAACUAAUACAUUAACAUGUGCAUCAAGUUUAAAUAUUUCAAUUAUUCGGGAAUAAAGUGAAGUAACUCACCUAGUACAUAAAACUUAUCAAAUCAAAUCUCAUAAAUCCUGCAACAUUGUAUUUAUUUCAUCAUAACUUCAUACAUUAAGUAGCACCACAUCAAACAUUAAAAAAAAAAAAAUCCAAUAAAAUUCUUUCUUUGUUUUUAAAACUCAAUAGAAUUCUUAAACUAGUUCAUCAUUAUCUUCCAUAAAAACAAUCCAAAUCCAAUGAUAUAGGAAUAAUAAUAAUUAUGGAGAAGAGAAAGAGAAAGAGAGAGAAUAGUAGUUUAAAAAUGCCCAUACGUUGGCUAAACCCACUCCCCUCAAAUCCUUCCCAAAUGCCAACGCAAAGAAAAGAUCCAAAAAGUAGCGUAAGCGCCAAACUCAUUCACAUUUUCUCUCUCCUCCUAUCUCCAUCAAACGGUUGACACUACACUUCAUCCACCACACUCAAUCUCAAACGUUGAUUUCCCAAUACCUCUAUUCCUUUGUUUCAUGAGCCUUUGUCCCCUUGUAUGAGGCGUUGCUUUGUUGUUGAAUUUUAAGUUGCAGUUUGUUUAAGUCUCCUUUAAUUUAUUUUUUUUAAUUUUCUCUCUGUAAAAUUAAUUAAAAUUCCCCUAUUAAUUUUUGAGAAUCCAAACACACCUUUUCUUUUCCUUUUUCCUUAUUUUUAUUGCUCUCUUUCCCUCCAAUUAUACUUAGCUCUCUCUUAUAAUGGUAAUGCCAAUCAUUCACCUAAACACACCUUUUCUUUUUACUUCUUUAUUCUUGUUAUUAUUAUUUUUAUUAUCUUAAUUAUUGAAUGUACAAUCUCACAUUUAUACACACACAUUUGUAUGCAUAAAUUAAGCUAAAUAAUAAAAAGAUUUACACCCACCUCAAAUUUUAUUCAUUCCCACAAUCUCAUAUUUCAUCAUCAGCAAUGUCAAUCCCUCCAUGGUUAGAGCCAAUGCUAGGCACUGCAUUCUUCCACAUUUGCCGAAUCCACGGCGACGCCGCUAGGAGCGAAUGUAACAUGUUUUGUUUGGAUUGCCAUUGUGAUGCUUUCUGCUACUAUUGCCGAUCAUCCCGGCAUAAGGAUCAUCAAGUCAUCCAGAUAAGGCGAUCGUCGUACCACGAUGUAGUAAGAGUAGGAGAUGUACAAAAGAUGAUGGACAUAAUUGGAGUACAAACGUAUGUGAUUAACAGCGCGAGAGUAAUGUUUCUAAAUCAAAGGCCUCAACCUAAAGCUGGUAAAGGAGUUGCUCAUUUGUGUGAGAUUUGUGGGAGAAGUCUUUUAGACCCUUUUCGCUUUUGCUCUUUGGGUUGCAAGCUUGUAGGAGUGAGAAGGAAUGGAAAUGCAAGCUUUGCUAUAGAUGGGAACAAUAAUAAAGGUGAAGUAGGAAUAUCAAUGACAAUGAAUAGUAAUACAAAUACUUCAAGUAGGAGAGAAAGAGAAGCUUUGCGUGAAGGCUCACAACAAGAUAUUUACCCGCCCACGCCGCCUCCACCUCCUUCUAAUUCUAGAAGAAGAAAAGGAAUUCCUCACCGAGCACCUUUUAAGUCUUGAUUCAUUACUUAAUUAAUUAAUUAAUUAAUUUAACCUUGUUAUUUAAUCAUUUACCUACUACUAAUUAUGCUUUAAUUUCUACCCUUUUACAUCUUCUUUUUGUGUUUAUAUCAUAAUUGUGAAAAAUAAAUAAAUAAUUGUUGUAAAUUGCGGAAUUAUUCUUAUUAUUGACCAGGUGGAAAAUUGAAAAUUGU